AUGCCACUCGACGUUGCAGCAUGGGAUGUCAUCAUCAAAGAUAACUUGCACGAUGCCAACGCAGCCCGCUACCCAGGACUUCUAGCGGUGGCCGUACUAGGCGAACGAACUCCGGCGAACCCACAGAUGCGCGGGUACCUCCGGAUGAUCAGCCCCGAAGAGACCCUCCAUGCCCUCUAUAUCAAAGUCGCGCAAGAGAUCGACCGCAACGCUACAUCGACGGAGCUAAAGAAAUGGGGUGCGGCCUAUCUAAGUGUGCCUAUGAAAUUCGUGAAUUUGAAGAACCACUGGGACGGCUUCUGGAAGGCCGGUGAAAUGCGGGAGAAGAUUGGCAAUGACUACGAACUUCUGUAUCCAGCACCGACGCAGCGCGCCGUGCAGAUCGCUAACUUCAAGGCCAAGAUCUUCAAAGAGCAGAGCCUGGACCUCACGCGCGCGCAAGUUUUCGAACACUACAAGAAGAACUUGACUUUCUCCAAGGCGUCGUCGGACAAGAUGUCCGUGAGCUACGUCGACAGCGCCUUGACUGUGUACAAAGGACUACUGUCGUGCCCAGCCGCGCUGGGCCUCGUCACUGAGAUGAAGAAUCGUGCAGGGAAGAAGACGCCCUACGACUCUAUCUACAAGAUGGAGCUCUACACGCGGAAAGCGAACGAUAUCCCUAGGAUGCUGUGGAUGCUUCGGUACACUAACGAGGUCAUCAUCGAGGGCGCCGUCGGGCCAGGGGAGCUGAUUUUCAACAAUCUGAGUGGAAAAAAAAACCAAGGGGGAGGCAAAGGGCUGCUGGACCUGUUCUCCAUGAAGGAGGAUCUGCGAGUCAGUUUGAUCGGCCCGACCCUGGAUGGCAUUAACUUGGAGUUCAAUGGAAAGGAAGCUAUUCGGGCGAUCUUCGCGUCUUGGGACUCGUAUCGGAAGGGCUUCGGCGGGGGCUCAGCUGGGACUGUCGACACGACGUGGUUGACCGCGGAGAAGAAGAGCACGCAGUAUUACAUCGCCCUGGUCAAGGAUAUCGUCUUCGACAAGAAAUACGACUGGAUCAUAAGAGGCGUCUUGCGGAACAGACGGGGCAUCGCGGAUGUGCUCGAUCACGAAACCAUCGCAUCGAGGAUCCAUCAUAUCAAUGCGCUUGUUAAGGAGGCAGAUCAUGGAACGGUGUCGUCUCAGCAGGAUGGCGUCGAUCGCAAGACGGACGCCGUCCCGAUCGAUGACGACGUCGACUGCGUCAUGACCGCGUUUCGCACUGCGCUCGGCAAUAUCGACAUCAACAUUGGCAAACCUAUACUGGGGACUGACACCAUCACCAAGCUGGAAGAUGAUAAGCGCAACCUCAUCAAAGACUACGCCGCCAAAGCGAAGGAGGACACGAGGAACAAGGUCAAGCUCAUCAGCAUCGACGGCAAGUCAGUACAUACAAUCGCCAGCCUCAUCGAGGACACGCCAUUUGGGAACCGGCAUCCCGCCUUGAGGACUGGCGAGCUCGGUGCUGUCGUGUCGGCGUUCCUGAAGUCCAGGAUGCCAUCGGCUGAUGACACGAUUCAGAUCAUGCCCGGCGACAUGUAUGCCUUCUUCGACGGCGGCAAGAAGUACGAGACCAAGAUGCUGGGCAUGCUCUUCACGGCAGAUGGCAAGAAGAUCACGGAGAAGCACACUCGGCAGCUGAAUCAGCCCAACCUGCACUUCCCUGGCACGACGAGCGGUGACAGCCUCUACGGCGUCGGACUCCCCAGCCUGUCAGACCUCUGGGUCCUGCAAUACGGCGACAAGAAGAGAAUUCUCGGAGACGCUGGUAUGCCGCUCCCAGGUGGCAAGACUGAGGGCCUCCCGUCGAAAGACGAUGGCGUUAUCAAGAAGAUGAAGAAGACCGACAAGACAUGGGAACCCAUCACAUUCCACAGCAACCACAAGCACCUCUACGAGGAGAUCCUUCAUCGGACGCACUCGAACGCUUGCGUGUAUGACCUGACAUGCCUGGAUGGCAUCCUCGCGAAGGUUUGCAUCGAAUCUGGAAUCCCGUACUUGGGCCUGGUCUGGACCGACGAGUUCCGCGAGGCGCUGCUCAAUCACCUGGAGACGCAGAUGUUCCAGUGCUACUUGGAUCCGGACAGCGACCACUACAAGGCCGACCUCGCUGCUGCGAUGGGCGACAAGAAGACUGACGGUGACCACCUCGAGACGCCGCUGACUAAGAAGCGCAUCUCUGGGGGCUCUCGAGGCACGGCGGCAAAGCGCAGGAGGCAGGCCUGCAAGGGGCAGCAGACCAAGCACGGCAACGGUUCAGCCAUCGCCAAGGCCGCAGCGGAGCAGCAGGAUGACGAGGACGGUGUUGGCGGGGAUGGUGGAGCUGAUGAUGGCGGCCUCGGUGACGACGACGAGCCAGCGGACUCGGGGAACGAUGAUUUCUGA